AUGAUCCAACCACCAGGGUUUGAACUGUCUACUAAUGCCCAGUCUGUUUACAAGCUCCAUAACGCUUUGUAUGGCCUUAAACAAGCACCCAGAGCAUGGUACUCCACCUUCUCUUGUUUCCUCCUUUCUCAAGGGUUCAAGAACAGCAAAUGUGACUCCUCUCUUUUUAUUAAAAAGACUGGUUUUAUCUUUCUUGCCUUAUUAGUCUAUGUUGAUGAUAUAUUGGUCACUGGUAAUGCUGCUCAUCAUAUUCAAGAUCUUGUUACUCAAAUGCAUCAAGCCUUUUCUAUGAAAGAGCUUCGUUCUAUUUCCUAUUUUCUUGGCAUCUCAGUUGCUACUUCUAGUUCCACCACUGUUCUAUCUCAAAAGAAGUAUGCUCAGGACAUACUUACUAAAGCUGGCAUGUUGGAUUGCAAGGCUUGCUCCUCUCCUAUCUCUGCCAAGCCUGGUCUACCACCAAAUUCAAAUCUUCCCUUUGACAAUCCAUCUGUCUAUAGAAGCAUAGUUGGAGCAUUACAAUAUUUAACCAUUACCAGACCUGAUCUCUCAUUUGCAGUGAAUCAAUUGUGUCAACAUAUGCAUAAUCCCACUGUUGGUCACUAUGUUGGUGUUAAAAGAUUACUUCGGUUCAUUAAAGGCACCAUCUCUCAUGGUCUUACUUACACACCCAGCUCCUUUGAUCUUCAUGCCUACUCAGAUUCCAAUUGCGCUGGCGAUGCAAUUGACAGAAAAUCUACAUCAUCCUAUUGUGUAUUUUUAGGUUCCAACCUCAUCUCUUGGUCCUCUAAAAAGCAAGCCAUUGUAUCUAGAUCAUCUACUGAAGCAAAGUAUAGAUCUUUAGCUCAUACAGCUGCAGAGCUUGCUUGGAUUGGUAUGUUACUUCAGGAUUUUUGUAUUGUCCCUCCUACAAUUCCUCUACUUUACUGUGACAAUGUUUCUGCCAUUGCUCUGGUUUCUAAUCCAGUGUUCCAUUCCAAAUCUAAACAUAUUGAAGUAGAUUGUCACUUUGUUAGAGAUCAACUGCUGGCUAAUGCCUGA